GAAAGUCGAUUCGAUUGCCUUCAAACGCACGUUGAGUUCACGGUUUCGAGGUCAAUUUUCGACUGAAAACAGCCGCCAUACCCCUCGACUCUCAACCAACUUGAAGCUCCAACUAUCCUUAAACAGAUCUCCUUCAAUUCCAGAAAAUCACCAUUUCUUUGUAGGUUCUUUGUUUCCGUAUACGAAAUUCUAAUCUGUUCUUUUUCCCCCUUUUGCUACGGAAAAGGAAAAAUGGAAGAUGCCAAGAACCCACCGCCACAACAAAUGGUAUCUUCAGAAAAGGAAGACCAGGGAAAUGAAGAAGAACCCAAGGCGGAGGAGCAACGGGCGUCAAUUACAGCACCAACUAAUGGAGGAGGAUGGGGCGGUUGGGGUUUCUCUGCUUUCUCUGUUCUCUCAGAUCUUCAAAAGGUUGCCACUGUUGCCGCUGAGAUCUCUCGCAAUGCUUCUGUGGUUGCAGAAAAGGCGGCAAAAAGCCUUGCAGAUAUUCAAAUUGCUGAGGACUCUGAAUCUUCUAAGGAAGAAGAAUCUCCAAUUGAAAAGGAAAGUGAAGAUGAGAAUGACAAGCUAAGAAAGUCUGCUCUGGAUAAGUUAGAGAAUGCAAGUGGCGAUUCUUUCCUUGGCCAGGGUUUGAAGGCUUUUGACAACUCUGUGGAGAAUUUUGCUUCUGGUGCGUGGCAGGCACUAGGGAGUGCACUGAAAGGGGGUACCGAUUUUGUUCAGAAGCUUGAGUAUUCUGCUGUAAGCAUUGCUGAUUCUAUUCAGCAAGGAGGUUUACCCGCUGGUUCAGUUCCACCAUCAUUAAUUGAGAGUGGAAGAGCCUUUACAACAAAGGGAAUGCAAGUUCUUGAAUAUGUGGGAAAGGAAACUAUGGAUCUACUGAUCAAUGAAACUGGUAUAGAGGUUGAAAACAAUGCAGAGGGCACUGAACAGCCAUCUGAUGAGGAUCAAUCGUUAGAGGAAGUUAGCUUUGAUCGAUGCUUCUACAUAUAUGGAGGUCCAGAGCAGUUGGAGGAACUGGAGGCAUUGUCCAGCCACUAUGCCCUUCUAUUUAAUCGGAGGAAAACAAAAUUGUCAUCCGAACAGAAAUCUGUCUAUGAGGGAAAGCUUAAACAAAUCCAACAAAUUUUUAGUUUAGAUGCUGAAAUGGAUGGAACUGGUCCAGAGUUGGCCAAAGGAAAGAAAAUAGAAACUGGAACAGAGGGCAGUCAUGAUGAAAUGAAAAUUUUACAUGAUUCAAGUGUCAGCAAGGCUGCUGAUAUGGCUGCCGGGUUCACAAAUGCAUUGGCAGGAUUGGUCGUUAGCGAUAUAAUUCAAAGAACCGCUGGAAGGCUAGAGUCACUGCACUCGGAGGGUGUCCAUAGGCUUUCAGAAAUGUGCUGUUUAGCAAUGUCUCAUCUCCUGCUGCUGGGUAAAUCUGUCAUAUCUAGUUCUAACAGAGUUCAAGAUGAAGAUGCUGACAGCGAUACGAUGAAUAUCGAAUGGCCUGAAGAUUCCGUUGAGAAGGCUAAACUAAUCAGACUAAAGGCACAAUCUAUGACUGGAAAUGUGGAAGCUGUAACCAGCAGCUUUAUCACAGGCAUAUCUGAUGUAGCUGAAGCUUAUGUAGCAGCCAUUAAGAGUGUUAAUGCAGAUUCACAUGAAGCGCUUUCAAAGGCAUCAAUCCAGGAGAAAGCUAGUUUCUUCUCCGAACAUCUCCGAAGUGAUCAGGCUAUUGCUGUGAGCAAAAUCCAGGAUGGACUCCAAAAUUUGUCCUAUGUGGUCCUUUCGACCUCAAUGCCAGCUGCUGCUUGAAGACACGAUUUCUCUAUAUGUCUUAUCAGCGUGCGUGCAUGUAAAUAGUUGCACCUUAUAGAUGGAUGGGAUUAACCCUCAGUCUCAGUGAACUUAUUAUGCUAUACCAUUGAAACUGAACUCAUUUUUUAAGCAGUUUUUUUUUUGGUA